AUGGGUCUUCUCGUUUGUUUUGUGGCUGUUUUUGCUGUUAUUGCAAGUUACUUCAAAUGGAUUCAUACCUACUGGAAAAGAAGAGGUGUAGACGGCCCGGUUGGUUUGCCAUUUAUUGGAUCAUUUUAUGAUCUUGCUGAUAAGGAUAAACCAAGAGGAUAUAUCCUCCAUGAGUGGACCAAGAAAUUCGGUUCAAUUUUUGGUUACUACGAAGGUGCGACACCUGUAUUGGUUGUGAGUGAUGUGUAUGUUCUACAAGAAAUCUUCAUCAAGAAAUUCGAUUGCUUCUACGCUAGAAAAAAUACCAAUCGCAUACAUGGGGACUUGGAGUGCUCUCAAGAAGAGCCAAGAGUCAAUCUCUUUGCUGCUCGUGGAGCAAGAUGGAAGAGGUUGAGAUCUUUGGCAUCUCCUGCUUUCUCGGUCCGAGCAUUGAAACAGGUCCAUAACACAAUGGAAAACAGCGUUCUCUGCAUGAUUGAUCACAUGGCGAAACAUGAAAACAGUGCAGCUUUCAACAUUCAUGAAUAUUACCAAGAGUUUACAUACGAUGUCAUUUCCCGUCUUGCAAUGGGACAAGCUUAUUCUGAACAGUUCAAUAAUGAAGGCGUGAACAUUGUCAAGAAGAUCUUUAUGCGUAGCAACAGAACACUGCCAUGGUACUUGGCAGUUUUGUUCCCAAGGUUCCAAAAUACCGUGAAGAACUUUUUCUUCAAACACGAGUCGAUUCGAGGAGGAGAUGUCGCCCUACUAUACAAGUUCUGCGAAAAAGCAGUUUAUGAUAGAAUCAAAGAAAGGUCCGCCAACGCCGAACAAGAAAUUGAAAACGACCAGAACGAUUUCAUCGACAUGUUCUUGGACUACUACACUGAAGCUGAAAUCGAGGAUGCUGAAUUUGGAACAACUGUAGAGAAAAAGGUCACGUCUGAAGAUGUAAUCGGAUCUUGUUUCGUUUUCCUUCUUGCUGGAUUUGACACAACUGCGAAUGCGCUCGCCUACGCAUCAUACCUACUCGCUAAGAACCCAGAAAAAAUGCACAAGGCUCAGCAAGAGAUUGACGAGAUCUGCACUUCAGAGAACAUUUCCUACGAUGAUAUAGCCAAGCUGAACUAUUUGGACGCUAUAAUAAAAGAAGCUCUCAGAAUCUACCCUGUUGCUUGGUUUGCCUGCUCUCGUGAAUGUGUGAAGACUACAACUUUGGGUGGCCUCGUUAUCGAUAAAGGUGUCCGAAUUGAAGCAGAUGUUACCGCUCUUCACCACUCUAAAGAAAUAUGGGGAGAGAAUGCUGAGCAAUUUGUUCCGGAAAGAUGGCUGGAAUCUUCGGCUCCACGCCACACAAUGUCUUGGAUACCAUUUGGUGCUGGACCACGUCAAUGUGUUGGAAUGAGACUGGGAAUGUCGGAAGCUAAAACUGCACUGGCUCAUGUGCUCAGGAAGUGGUCUAUCGUCGCUGGACCUGAAACUGAGGAGCAACUUCGCAUUCAAGGAUGUACGACUACGUCUCCGGAAAGUGUUACUGUGUAUUUGGAGGCCAGGUUCUGA